AUGGGAAAUGAGGAGCUUCCACACUCUGAUAGGAUCAGUCACUUACCUGACGAUUUGCUCGUCCGAAUCCUCUCGUUAAUCCCGGUAAGAAACGCUAUGUCCACGAGUUUAUUGUCUAAACGAUGGAAAUCUGUGUGGAAGAUGAUGCCAACGCUUGUGUACGACGAAACUUGCCGUCACAUUGGUUCCCUCAGAUCUGACCAUUUUUUUGGCGUGUCCUUGAGGUUACAUGAAGCUCCGGUUCUCAAAACCCUAAUCCUCCAACUUGUCGAAGACUCUGAUUCAAUAGAUACUCUUUUGUUCCCAAACAUUCGUUCCACUCUCCUUGAGAUCACAAUCAUUUUCGAUUCGUAUCGUCGUCGUUACAGUCCUAUCACCUUCCCAGAGAAUCUCAACGUCUUCAAAACACUCCUUGUCAUGAAACUCGAAGGCAGGAUUCUUCUAGAUUGUGAUGAUUCUCCGGUUUGUUUCCCUUCCUUGAAAAGUUUGCACCUCACAAGUGUGGAGUUCUCUUGCGAAGAAUCUCUCUCCACACUUUUGUCGGCUUGUCCUAUUCUUGAAGAUCUCUACCUCGAAAGACUUUGCAGUGUUGGAAGCUUUUUGUACACCAUAUCAGUCCCAUCUCUACAGAGAUUGUUCCUUACUAAAGGAAAUGCGUAUUACGGUAACGAUGACCCAAAGGCAUCUUUAAAAGUUAAUCUGUCGAAAAAUGUGGAGCUUCUGAAAGUUCUUACUUCCGUUGAGCGUCUUUCGUUAGAUUCAUAUCCUUCAAUGGUUCUUCAUACUGCGGAUAGUUUAAUCCUCAACCGGCUUCUUCAUCUUGAAUUAGACGUGUGCAACAAUUUUAGGUCGAAUCUGCUUGUUCGUUUGCUGAAAGAUUACCCUAAUUUACGAGCUCUCAAGCUCAAACGCACACAUCCCAAAGAUAUGGAAGAUCAACUGUGUUUAGUUUCUGAACCGAGCUAUGUUCCUGAAUGCUUUAGCUUCCAUCUUGAGACUCUUCAAUGGAUUGGCUAUGGAGGAACACUGCAAGAGAAUGAAACCGCGGUUUACAUAUUUAAAAACGCUCGUCGUUUAAAGACUGCUACGAUCUCUAUACAUUCAAAGGACACGGAGAAUGGUUUGAUGAUGGUAAAGGAUUUGAGAUCUAUGGCUAAGGCUUCAGCCUCGUGUCAGCUUGUAAUCAAAAUUUAA